AUGCUUCAGGUCAUCCAGGGCGAGAGUCACAACUUCGUGCGAGCAGAUGAGGUCCACCUCUCCCUGGCAUCCGGACGCCCUGAAAGCCAAGAAUGCAGCUGGCAGAUGGUGCUGAACCUGGCUGGGGAGGAAGUCCUGCAGCUCGCAGAGGAUGAGCUGCUGCAUUUGGCCGGUGCAGCUUGGACGGGUCGCCGCCGGGGCCUGUGCAACUUCCUGAAGCAACAGCUGCAACUGGCUAGCGGCAUAUCUAUUUUCCGACAGUCGCUGUUGCUUGGCGAGCACAUUCUCUCACAAGGCGAAUCCUGGGAGGACCUGGGCCGGCCAGAGGUGGUGCACCUCACCUUGUCCACCCUGGCGAACCGGUUCCAAGGCCCCCUCUUUGCAGCAGCCAUUGGCGGCAGAGCAGAUCAGGUUCGCGACUUCCUUCAGCAGCUGCAAGAUCCCGAUGUUCAGGACGCCGGCGGCACGGCAGCUGUCAGGGCGUGCAAGGCAGGGCACGUCGCGGUGCUGAAGCUCUUGCAGCAAGCCUUGGCGGACUUCAACCUCACAGACUGUGAUGGUAUGACGCCUUUGGCGACUGCGGCGCACCACAAUCACGAGGCGGUCGUGGAACUUUUGCUCCAAGCUGGUGUGGACAAGGACAAGGCCACGCACACGGGCGCCACUGCCACAUACAUUGCGGCUUACCGGGGCCAUCUGGGUGUUCUGCAGCGACUUGUGGCAGCUGGCGCUGACAAGGACAAGGCCACGCUCAAAGGCGCCACUCCGCUUUUUGCAGCGGCUGACAACCGACGCAUCGAGGUGGUCCAACUUCUCCUGGCCAAUGGCGCGGAUCGAGACGCGGCCACCCGGCACCGGCGCACCGCCCUUUUCACCGCCGCGGAGAUGGGAGAUUUGCAGCUGGUGCAGGUCCUAGCGGAAGCUGAGGCGGAUCUGAACAAGGCCGUUUGGACUGGAGCCGGUCCCUUGCACGUCGCCGCAGAACGGGCGCACUUGGAAGUGUUGGACUUCCUGCUCAAACGCGGGGCCUUGCGGGACAAGCCCAUGCAAGGGGGUGCCACGGCGCUGCAUGUGGCGGCGCAGAAGGGCCGGGUGAAGGUGGCAGAGGCGCUGCUGAAGGCGAGCUGCCCCAUCGACAUCACCACCCUCGUCGGGGUCACGCCGCUGCACAUGGCGGCCCGGCACGGGCAGCUACAGGCGGUGCAGUUCCUGCUGGACCGGGCGGCGGACCUGCACCUGCCGUCCAUGAACCACAAGACCCCACUUUUCGCGGCGGCGGAGAACGGCUUCGCACAUGUGGUAAGGUUUCUCAUCUCCUGCAAUGCGGACAUUGAGACUGAGACCAAGUGCGGCAAGCGGGCGAUCAGUGUGGCAGCCUCUAAUGGACACUUGGAGGUGAUGUGUGCGCUGGUGGAGGGGAACGCGGACCUGAACAGCACCACAGUGGACGGCCAAACGCCUUUGUGUUUGGCCACUGCCAGUGAGCAGCUCCCAGCUGUACGGCUCUUGCUGGAGAACCGGGUGAUGGUGGACAAGGCCGCUCGCUCCAGUGCCACACCAUUAAAAAUCGCCGCUGGCCAGGGCCACUUCCACUUGGUGCAGCACCUCCUGGAGGCCCGCGCUGAUGUGCGCCAGCAGCCCACUGAGCAGCUUGGCACACGGAUGAUGCAGCUGUUUCGACUGCACCGUGUGCUUCAAGCGGCACGGGAGGUGCAUGCCCGUUUUCAGCCGGAGGCAAGGCAGAAUGUGAACUUCACCUGA